AUUUCCCUGGGGGAAAACAACAAUGAGCACCUGUCAGUGAAUCAGGAAGCUCUAGAGAUUCUUGGCCAGAUUUCUGAGCCAGUGGUGGUCGUGGCCAUUGUAGGACUGUAUCGUACAGGCAAAUCCUACUUGAUGAACCGGCUUGCAGGACAGAAUCACGGUUUCCCUCUGGGCUCCACGGUGCAGUCUAAAACCAAGGGCAUCUGGAUGUGGUGUGUGCCUCACCCCUAUAAGCCUGAUUGCACGCUGGUCCUUCUGGACACUGAGGGCCUGGGCGAUGUGGAAAAGGGCGACUCUAAGAAUGACUCGUGGAUCUUUGCCCUGGCUGUGCUGCUAUGUAGCAGCUUCGUCUACAACAGCAUGAGCACCAUCAACCACCAGGCCCUGGAGCAGCUGCAUUACGUGACAGAGCUGACAGAACUCAUUAGGGCAAAGUCCUCCCCUACACCAGAUGGAGUAGAAGAUUCAUCAGAGUUUGUGAGUUUCUUUCCAGACUUUAUCUGGGCCGUACGGGAUUUCAUCCUGGAGCUGGAGUUAAAUGGUCAGCCUAUCACAGAAGAUGAGUACCUGGAGAAUGCCUUGAAGCUGGUUCCAGGCCUGAAUCGCAAAGCUCAAAUAUCUAAUCUCCCUAGAGAGUGCAUCCGCCAUUUCUUUCCAAGAAGGAAGUGUUUUGUCUUUGACCGGCCAACAAAUGACAAAGAACUCCUAGCCCAUAUUGAGAAGGUUGUAGACAACCAACUGGAUCCUAAAUUCAAGGAACAAACAAAGAACUUCUGUUCUUACAUCCUCACCCAGGCGAAGAUCAAGACCCUCAGGGAGGGAAUCACAGUCACUGGGAAGCGGCUAAGGACUCUGGUGGUGACUUAUGUGGAUGCCAUCAGUAGUGGUGCAGUGCCUUGUUUGGAGAAUGCAGUUACAACACUGGCCCAGCUUGAGAACUCUGGGGCGGUUCAGAAGGCCGCCAACCACUACAGUGAGCAGAUGGCCCAGAGAGUGAGCUUCCCCACAGACACGCUUCAACACCAGUAUUUUAAAAAUAUAUAUAUUUUAUUGAUUUUUUUUACAGAGAGGAAGGGAGAGGGAUAGAGACCCUCUAUACUUCCCUUUCAGGAAAUCAUAAAGGAUAAGCAGGAUAAGAUCUUGCUGCAGAAUGAAGAGGCAUCUGUUAAAUUCUGCCAGGAAAAACUUGAGCAGCUUUCCAUGUCCCUAAUGGAAGGUAUUUCAGCAGGCAUUUUUUCUAUUCCUGGUGGUCACAAGCUCUACAUGGAAACAAAGGAAAGGAUUGAACAGGACUACUGGCAAGUGCCCAGGAAAGGAGUGAAGGCACAUGAAGUUCUCCAGAGGUUCCUGCAGUCACAGGCAGCAACAGAGAAUUCCAUCCUGCAGGCAGACAAAGCUCUCACGGAUAGGGAGAAGGCCAUGGCAGCUGAGCGGGCCAAGAAGGAGGCAGCUGAGAAGGAUCAGGAGUUGCUGAGACAGAAACUACAGGAGCAACAGCAGCAGAUGGAGGCACAGGAGAGGAGUCUCCAGGAAAAUAUAUUGCAACUGAAGGAGAAGAUGGAGAGGGACAGAGAGACUAUAGUAAGAGAGCAGAAUAUGAUGUUGGAGCAUAAAUUGAAGGUUCAAGAAGAUAUGCUUAGAGAAGGAUUUAAAAAUAAAUCUGAACUGAUGAAUGCAGAGAUCAGUCAUUUGAGAAAUAAGAUUGAUACUGCUCAAAAGGAUAAUACUUCCUGGAUUGAAAAAGCCAUAGGUGUCUUGUCAAUAUUGUGUAAUACUGGUAAAGCUGUUAGUGAUAUUUUGAGAGGCAUAAGUUUGUUAAAAAAGAAAUAAUUUUCCUUCCAAAAAAAUUAUAGAAUGUGGAUAUAUGCUAUGGCUUGUUUUUAGUGUGUAUUCUUUUCAAGUUUUUUCACCCAAUGAAACAAAAAAAGGUGCUUACUAAAGAAUGUCAAUGCCUAUCCCUCAUUAAAUAGAAUUAAUGCUCCUAUGCUUUGUUAUAGCGUUUACUCUUUGAAAUAUGCAUGUUUAAAUAAAUGUACUU